GAGAUUAUUAAAAAGAAACAUGAAUUGGAACGGCUGGAAAAACUCUACCAGCAAGAGAAGCUUAAUGUGGAGCGACUGGAAAAGGAGUUGGAAGACGUCAGACAAGGGUCGUUUUCGCUUCAGCCGGAUGGUCGGCCCUCGCUUGGAGAUGGCAAGGUUGCUCAGGCUCUUCGGAAGGAGAACGAAGAUUUGCUGAAGCAGUUGAAUGAGAUGCAAAAGGUUCACGUGUUCAAAACUAAACAGUUACAGGACAGAAUCGACGAGCUGAAACACAUGGAAGUGGAGUGCAAUAAUCUGCGAGAAGAAAUCUCUACAAUGCGUCACGAAUCCAGUUUCCAGGAGAAAGAAACCCAAAUCGUAGAACUGAAAGAGAAGAUCACGCGGUACGAAGUUGUGUACGAGGACACCAUAACCGGCAUCGGUCGUUACAGCGCCAGAACGACGAACUGCGGAUGAAACAUCAAAACUUGGUCAUGGAGAUGGACGAUCUGCGAAGGAUAGCCGACAAGGAUCGAAAAUCACGACGACAGAGCACCCACGAUGAUCGUCGUGGCGGUCUGUUCGAUACCCGUGACAAGGAAAUCAUGACGGAUCCUAGCUCUGCGGAUUGUGCUUGUCGCGAAAUGGAUGCGCAGAUCAAGGAAAUGC